AUGUCUAAUCAACGGGAUUUGAAUAAUUAAGCAACUCUGAUGAUUCAACUGAAUCAUCAGAAAGAAUCGUUUAAUGUGAUUCACACGUCAAAUGGAGCUCUCUUUCACAGUUUGCUGUUUCUCAGAGAGUGAGGAUCAUUAUGAACUUCCAUGGAGACUCGUGUUUAUAGAAACCAGACAUAACACACCUCUGACAGCUGCAGAACAUGGACUCCACGAAUAAACAGAGCUCAAUUAACGAACUUCAGGAGCAAAUUCACUCUCUGACUGAAGAAAAUGUACAGCUGCGGGAACGAAAUGAAGCGCUGUUUAGUAAGCUUGACUCGGUCCAGAACAAACUGGGCCAGCAGGCCGUGUCAAAAAGCGACCUGUCAGUCAAACUGGUCCAGUGUGAGGAAGACAAACUGAAGAUCUCAAAAGACCUUGUUGAUGUGCAGAUUGAGGCCAAUAAAAUGAGAGAGCAGUAUGAAGCGGCGAUCUUUAAACUGAAAAACGUGGUUCUAUCUCAGGAGGGCACCGCCUCAUCUCUUCAGACAGAGUGUGACCGGCUCAGACAGGAAGUGACAGCAGCAUCGGCACGCUUAGAAGUCAUUGAGCGAAGUGAGCGUGACCUGGCUGAAGAGUACGCCGUGAUAAAGAGCAACUUCCUUUCACUGAGCGGCGCUUAUGAAAGAGAACGCACACACUCAGAGGAGCUCAGCGCCGAGCUGCUCGCCCUCGCGCACACACACGACACGCUCCUGCAGGAGAGAGAGCGCACACACAGACACAUGCUGGAGGUGGAGAGGGUUCGAGCGCUGCUCAGCAGGACGUCCCAGAGCAGAGUCAGGCCAGAGGAGUUUGAACAGAGCAAGAGCCAACCGGAAAGAAACGGAGUGCAGAAUAACCUGAGAGACGAGUUAGAGAAACUGAGGAAAAGCUACGAGGGGCACCAACGACAGCUAGAGGAGAAAGUUGUGACCAUGGGGAGGCAACAGCAGGAGAAUAAGAGAGCCAUUCAAAGCACCCGACACGAGUUGUCCCAGCAGUCUGCAACGCUCAUUAUUUCUCAACAUCAGCUGAAAGAGGCUGAGGCUGAGGUCUCUAAACUACAAAAUCAUCUGAAGGAACUCAACAGAGAGUACAGGGCACGACUUACACGCUAUAUUCAGGACAUUACAGUACGUAUACAAGCCAACAGACAUAUGGAGUGUCUAACCGCAGCUGGUGAGGGUGAUUUGGGACAGAAGUUGAAGGGGCUUGUUGAGUCCAUGCUGGAGGAGGUGAAAACAUCAUAUCGCUCCAGAGAGGAACAGCUCACCAAAGCCAUCAGAACGUACCGCAAACGCAUACAGGGUCUGAGCAACACCUAUCAACAGCUACUCAUUGCUUACAGACUGCAACGUGAGCAGAUCCUGGCACUCCCUGAACACUCUUUAGAGGCCGGACCCCCUGAGGCCCACUUCAGUCCCACGGGGACCGAACUGAGAGGAGAGACCGAGAGAGAGCUACACAGACUGAGAGAGGACAAAGCCCGCCUGGAGAGCCAACUGAAACUGGCUCGAGAACAGAUGGCUGUAUUUACAGAGUCUUCUCAGAGGGUUGGACUAACUCAAGACUCCUGGAAUGAUGUUCAAAAGCAGAUCAGAGAAAUAACCAACUCCACACAGGAAGCUCAAGAGAGGGAGCGCGCCCAACUGAUCACAAGGGCAACGGUUGCAGAGGAGCAGGUGUCUGAGCUGAAGGAGUAUGUGGACAAUCACCUGGGCAGGUAUAAACUGGAGAUAACGCGGCUGCGCAGGCUGCUGGGAUCACAGGAGGGAAGAUCUAAUAGUGCAAGAACCCAUAAGCCCCGCCCACUUCACAAAUCACUCAACAGCAGCAGUUAUGAAAUAUAAUGCAGCAGUGCAUAAGCCCUGCCCACCCCAUAAAUGAAUUAAAGGCAGCAGUUUUUAAAUAUAGUGCAGGACUUCAUAAGCCACGCCUACUCCAAAAGUCACUCUAAAAUAGCAGUUAUAAAAUAAUGUGCUGCUAUCUAUAAGCCCCGCCCACUUCACACGUCACUCAGAAACAGCAGUUGUUAAAAUAU